AUGGAAUCGAUGUCCCUAGGACUCACAGGCCACCAUCUGCUUCCCCCUCCCUCGCUCCUCCUCUCCUUCCUUGCUUCCCUCUCUCGUUCUCUCCAGUGCACUAAACAGAUGAUCGCAGAGCGGUUUGGUCGUGGUUCUCGGACUGUGGAUCUAGAACUGGAGGCUCAGAUAGAAGUUCUCCGGGACACCAAGAGGAAGUAUGAGACUGUGCUGCGAUUGGCCAGAGCCCUGACCAAUCACUUGUACAGCAUGGUGCAGACGCAACACGCCCUCGGGGACACCUUCACCGACCUCAGCCUGAAAUCACCUGAACUACGGGAUGAGUUUGGGUACAACGCAGAGACCCAGAAGUUAUUAUGCAAGAACGGAGAGACACUGCUAGGAGCCAUCAACUUCUUUGUGUCCAGCAUCAAUACACUCGUUAACAAGACCAUGGAGGAUACACUGAUGACCAUCAAGAUGUACGAGGCUGCUAGGUUGGAGUAUGAUGCGUACAGGGCAGACCUAGAGGAGUUAAGCGUUGGACCCAGGGAUGUGGUGAACAUGGCCCGUAUAGAUACAGCCCAGGAGCAGUACCAGAUCCACAAGGACAAAUAUGAACGUCUUCGCUCCGACGUCACUAUCAAACUCAACUUCCUGGAUGAAAACAAGGUAAAGGUGAUGCAUAAACAGCUGCUCCUGUUCCAUAAUGCCAUCUCAGCGUACUUUGCUGGGAACCAGCAGCAGUUGGAGCAGACCCUGAAGCAGUUCAACAUCAAGCUGAGGCCCCCAGGGGCUGACAAACCCUCCUGGCUUGAGGAACCAUGAGGGAGGGAGCCACAGGAGACAGGGCAGCCCAGGAGAGGCCCUCUUAACCUGGGAAACAGCGGACCCCCCAAACCCUUACUAUCCACUACAGUGGACCACGGACGGACAGGACUACGUAGAGAUGGAUGGAUGGAUGAAUGGGCCAAGGGCCUUGUAUCUAUAGAGGACUGUGUCACAAUCAGGGACUUGUCUUAUUUUCCUCUCUUUCAUGAUCUCUCCUUUUCUCUCUUUAUCCACAAAUCCUCUCUCUCUGAGAGGGGAGGGGAGGGGAGGGGAUUUGGGUAUAAUAUAUUAUCUCCAGUCCUCUAUGUAAGUGAUAAAGCCCGAGAAGCCCGUGUUUGGAGGAUAUAUUGGCACUGGUGUUGUUAGACCCCGAGACUUGAGUCGUAUAUAUCCUCCAAAACACCGGCUUCUCUGGCAUUAUCACUUUUACACAACGGGUUACCAACACAUUCAAAUGAUGAUUGACAUAUUUUCAUUAAACAUUAUUUUGAUGAAUUUAUUCACACUAUUUCGUCCUUAAACACAAGAUAUUUAUAUAGUCCAGACACAAAAUCUAUGGUUGCUACCCAAGCCAGCGGGUCGUUCGUUCUAUCGGUUCGGCUGCCAGAGACGCGACCCAGUCGUUCCUUCUAAAUGCUCCAUUGCCAUACUGGCUAGCUUGCUAGCUACUCCAUACUGGCUAGCUUGCUAGCUACUCCAUACUGGCUAGCUACUCCAUACUGGCUAGCUUGCUAGCUACUCCAUACUGGCUAGCAAGUGCAGCCAGAAUAACAACAAAGUAGCUGUUUUCUAGUUAGAUUUCUUUGGAUACAACCAUAACAAUGAACUAAUAAUGCCAAUUUUGCCUGGCAGAGAAAAUGUGCUCUCUUGUCAGGACACUGUUAAGACAAAAGAAAUACAAUCCAUGACAUCAAUUUGAACUGAUGUUAAUAAAUGAAAUCCACCACAGCUGAGAUAGCUAUAUCUA